GAUUAUGGUAUUUUAGGAGCGGAUGGUAACCCAGGUUUGCCAGGACCCAAAGGAGAUCCAGGGCCACAAGGUCUGCCUGGUUUGAUGGGAUUGCCAGGAACACCAGGAACGCGUGGAUUUCCAGGGCCACCAGGAAAACCGGGGCCAGAUGGCAGGCUUGGCUCUCAAGGACCUGUUGGUCCUCCUGGUGCUAGGGGAGAAGAUGGUGAGCAAGGUUUUCCUGGCCCCGUGGGCUUGAAAGGUCUGUCUGGUGACAAAGGUGAAACAGGUUAUCCUGGAUCACAAGGUAUACGUGGCGUGACUGGUCCCCCUGGCAUAAGUGGAAUGGAUGGCUUUCCGGGCGAUAAAGGCUCAAGAGGUUCACCUGGCAUUGAUGGUUUCAAAGGCAUGACAGGCCUAAAAGGAAGACCAGGCAUCAAGGGAAUUAAAGGAGAAUUUGGUCUGUUCGGGGCACGGGGCGAUAAAGGCUCACAGGGCGCACGCGGCUUUAAAGGUGACCGUGGAGAUCAAGGCCCCCCAGGAGAACCCCCAAAGCUCAAGCCCAGCAUGAUGAUGGAAGUUAAAGGUGAAAAAGGAGAUGUUGGAGAAAGGGGCACAAAGGGAUUCUUUGGCUUAAAAGGUAGCAAGGGAAUGCCGGGCGUUCCCGGAAAGACAGGAACUCCAGGGUCCCCUGGGCAUCCCAGCUACGUGGCCGGUGUGAAAGGGGACAUCGGCGCAAAAGGGCUGACAGGUCUGAAAGGGUAUCCUGGUCCAGCUGGCUCUCCUGGCAUCAGAGGCUUCCCUGGCAGCACAGGAGUCAGGGGAGAAAAGGGUACUGCAGGAAUUUCAGGCCAUUUUGGUACUCCUGGGUCACAUGGUGAAAUAGGCUCAAGAGGAGGCACAGGACAAAAAGGUGAAGGUGGUGAUCCUGGUUUCCCUGGCAUUGAAGGUCUCAAGGGCACACAGGGCGUCCAUGGCUCUGUGGGACAGGAAGGUUUGCCAGGACUGGUUGGCCCCCCAGGGCAGCAAGGAAGCCCUGGGACACCUGGAUUGCAAGGUGAAAAGGGACCUCCGGGCUGGCCUGGCUUACCAGGACAAGCAGGCUUGCCUGGCUUAAGAGGAAUCAGUGGAUUGCAUGGUUUACCAGGCACUAAGGGUUUACCAGGUUCACCAGGUCCAGAUGGCUACGGCUCUGCAGGUUUCCCAGGUGCAGUGGGUGACAAAGGGGAGGCGGGAGAGCCGAGCAGAGUGGAAGGCAGUCGAGGACCUCCGGGUCAGAAGGGAGACAGAGGUGUUCCAGGAGUCCAAGGUUUUUUUCCUGGGCAGGAAGGAUUUCCAGGGCCUCCUGGGAUUUCAAAUAUAUCAGGAUAUCCUGGUGAUAAAGGCUCCCCAGGUCUAGAUGGAGUGCCAGGCUAUCCAGGACUACAGGGACAGCCUGGAAUACCAGCCGCACCAGGAAGCAAAGGAGAAAGUGGACAAACAGGUGUGAGUGGACAAAUUGGCCCAAAAGGAAGUAGAGGUGAUCCUGGGUCUGCAGGGAGACCUGGCGUUCCCGGGUACCCUGGACCAAAAGGUCGUAAGGGUGAACAAGGUGUCAUCGGCUUCAUGGGCACAGUAGGAUUUCCAGGUGAUUUGGGACCUAUCGGACCCAAGGGGGAUAGAGGAGUAACUGGCUUUCAGGGCCCUCCAGGCUCUCCUGGGCUGCCCCCUCUUCCUCCAAGACUGGUUGCUGAGCAAGGUUCACCAGGUCCCCGUGGAAAUAUAGGACCUCAAGGAAGCCCAGGAGAUAUGGGACCUCGGGGUCCACCAGGAGAUCCAGGUUUCAGAGGCUCACCUGGAGAGCCAGGACUCCAGGGCCGGGGUGGCAUUCCAGCUCCUCCCGGCUCCAGAGGUGAACAAGGAGCAACAGGGUUUCAGGGUCCAGUGGGAUUUGAAGGUCAGCCAGGCCGCCCCGGUAGCCCCGGGCUGCCAGGCAUGCCGGGUCGCAGCGUGAGCAUGGGCUACCUGCUGGUGAAGCACAGCCAGUCCGAUCAAGAGCCAAUGUGCCCAGUUGGCAUGAACAAACUCUGGAGUGGAUACAGUCUACUGUACUUUGAAGGACAAGAGAAGGCACACAACCAGGAUCUAGGGCUGGCCGGCUCAUGUUUGGCUCGUUUUAGUACUAUGCCAUUCCUCUACUGUAACCCUGGCGAUAUUUGUUAUUAUGCAAGUCGAAAUGAUAAAUCCUACUGGCUCUCAACUACAGCACCUCUUCCAAUGAUGCCUGUGGCAGAAGAUGAUAUUAAGCCGUAUAUCAGUCGCUGCUCAGUUUGUGAGGCCCCAGCUGUGGCAAUUGCUGUCCAUAGCCAAGAAGCUACUAUUCCUCAUUGCCCUGAAGGCUGGCGCAGUUUGUGGAUCGGAUAUUCCUUCCUUAUGCACACUGCUGCUGGUGAUGAAGGUGGAGGACAGUCGCUGGUUUCUCCUGGGAGCUGCCUGGAAGAUUUCAGAGCGACUCCUUUCAUCGAAUGCAACGGCGCACGCGGAACCUGUCACUACUUCGCAAAUAAAUACAGCUUCUGGCUCACCACGAUCGACCAGCCCUUCCAAAGCAAGCCCUCAGCAGAUACGCUCAAGGCAGGACUCAUCCGAAGCCAUAUCAGCAGAUGUCAAGUCUGUAUGAAAAAUUUAUAGAAGUCUUUCACAGUAUAAGGAACCUGCUUGUCAUGUAGUUCUUAUACAGUGAAGCUUUCCGUGAUGGUUAGACAUUUGAAUAAAUCAUGUUGGUGCUUUUUUAA